AUGGUACCUGAGACCUCUAGAGCUCAAUCCAUGGCGAUCUAUACGACUAAACCGAAGGUUAUAAAUCGCAUAUCCCCUCACCCCCUCAACACUUCAACACCUUUGCUGCCUCGAAAAGCCCUCAAAAGCGCCUCAAGCCCCUACUUUGCAGCAAUGCCAUUUCACGAGAAAGAAUUCAGUACUCCACCACCCCAUCCACCAGUUGGCACACCACAAAACUCCAAAUCUGCACUGCCUUGGUACUCCAUCGCACCAGGAGUAUGGGAAUUCCUCUUGAACGGCGACACGCAAGAAAAGGCCGCGUUACAAUGGUGGGAGCCCGAUACUAUCUCGGCUCAGACCGAGCAAAUAACACACACAUACAUUGAAGAGGUGUGCACCCUGCGUGGAGGAUUGGAGGAUCUUACGCUCGGGCAGUCGUGGGGUAUUGGUGCCUAUGCUUAUAGACAGCCGGGUAUGAAGCAUGGGCCUUAUCGGGCUGCCAAAGAAGGCUGUUUACAGUUCGUGAAGAUUAUACCGUCAAAAUAG